CUAAAUUAUUAUUUUGUCCUUGAUAUUCACUUUGUAAUAUUAAUAUGUAAUUGUAUAUAAUUUGUAUUGUGAAUACGUCAAAUAUGAAUUAAUUAAUUUUUACUUACUGUUUUCAUGAGUUUCUUUUAUUUUCUUAAUUUUUUGUCACGUGUUUCUCAGUCAUGCUCACUCGCCCGCUGACACUGAAGGAGAGCGACGACAGGGGGCGUGGCCUCGCAGCCGUGACCACGCCUCCUGUUCUCCCAUUGGUUGAUGAUUACGAAGACACACAAACAGCUCCAUCUCUUCCUUCUCCUCCUGUAGCUCCUCCUCCCUGCUGCCCUUGCUCCUCCCUCCUGCCUCGCCUCCUCUCAGCUCACCGGUGGGAGGUGCGGCGCCUCCUGCGAGGAGCUCUGUCCUCCCUCGGUCGUCGCCUGGACUCUCUGGAGAGGAGCAGCAGGACGAAGAGGAGCAAGAAGAGGAGCAGGCAGAGAGGAGAAGGGGGAGGAGCCACCUGUUCUCCUGGUUUGGGAGCUUCCUCGUGUAGCCCCGCCCUCUCGUGUAGCCCCGCCCACCGCCCACCUGUUACCGCCUCCCCUUCAUCAUCAUCUUCUUCAUCAGACGGCGAGGACUCACCCACACCUCCUCCUCUCUCCUCUAGUUUGAGCCAAAAACAGAGAAAAAGAUGA